AUAGGUGUACAGUUGGUGGUUACCAUGGUAAUGGCUAGUGUCAUUCAGAAGAUCAUACCUCACUAUUCUCUUGCUCGUUGGCUUCUCUGUAGUGGCAGUUUACGAUGGUAUCAACAUCCAACUGAAGAAGAGCUACGGAUACUUGCAGGCAAACAAAGAGGGAAGAGUAAAAAAGAUAGAAAAUAUAAUGGUCAUAUUGAAAACAAGCCUCUAACCAUUCCAAAAGAUAUUGAUCUUCAUCUGGAAACAAAGUCAGUGACUGAAAGGGACACUCUAGCAUUGCAUUAUUUUCCUGAGUAUCAGUGGUUGGUGGAUUUCACUGUUGCAGCUACAGUUGUGUAUGUGGUGACUGAAGUCUACUACAGUAUUGUGAAGCCCUCACAAGAAAUGAAUAUCAGCGUAGUGUGGUGCCUGCUGGUCUUGGCCUUUGCAGUUAAGAUACUGUUUUCAUUGACCACUCAUUAUUUCAAAGUAGAAGAUGGAGGCGAAAGAUCUGUGUGUGUCACCUUUGGCUUUUUCUUCUUUGUGAAAGCAAUGGCAAUCCUGAUUGUGACGGAAAAUUACCUAGAAUUUGGACUGGAAUCAGGAUUCUCAAAUUUUUCGGAAAGUGCGAUGCAGUUUCUUGAAAAGCAGGGUUUGGAAUCCCAGGGUCCUGUGUCUAAACUAACCUUCAAAUUGUUCCUGGCUGUUCUGUGUUCACUUAUUGGUGCUUUUUUGACAUUCCCUGGCUUGCGACUGGCUCAAAUGCAUCUGGAUGCUCUGAAUUUAGCAACAGAAAAAAUAACACAAACAUUGCUACAUAUAAACUUCUUGGCGCCUUUACUUAUGGUUCUACUGUGGGUAAAACCUAUCACUAAGGACUACAUUAUGAACCCACCUUUGGGCAAAGAGAGCAUUCCUUUGAUGUCAGAAGAUACGUUUGACACCAUGCGGUUGUGGAUUAUAAUCCUGUUGUGCGUGUUGCGGUUGGCUAUGAUGCGCAGUCAUUUGCAGGCCUACCUGAAUUUAGCACAGAAGUGUGUGGAUCAGAUGAAAAAGGAAGCUGGCAGAAUAAGUACAGUUGAUUUACAGAAAAUGGUGGCUCGGGUUUUCUAUUAUCUUUGUGUUAUUGCACUGCAGUAUGUUGCACCAUUGGUCAUGCUCCUUCACACUACUCUGCUAUUGAAAACACUAGGUAAUUAUUCUUGGGGCAUCUAUCCAGAAUCUAAUUCUGACACUCCAGUAGAAAACAAUCCGCUUCCCAGCUCAAUGUAUUCAGAGUCUCCAUCUGCUGAUGGAAAGAUGAAAGUAACUGUAGUACAGAUAACAGUGGCUUUGGGAAGCCUAAAGAAUAUUUUCACUCCUCUCCUUUUCCGGGGACUGCUGUCUUUCCUCACCUGGUGGAUUGCUGCUUGCCUCUUUUCCACGAGCCUUUUUGGGCUUUUCUAUCACCAAUACCUGACCGUGGCAUGAACUGAGCAGCUGGCCAAGCAAGUAUGAGGUCACCUUCUAGAUACAAACCCAGGUACCCAAGAGGAGAUGAAGAUAAAAGAAAGCUAUAUACGAAGAGAAAACAUAUCAGAGUUUAUUCGUAAACACUUCCUCUGCGUUCUCAGGGUGAAUAUUCUUAAAAUGUUUAAAAUCAGAACUGGGUUUGUUACUGUUGUUACCAAAAUGGUAGGUAACUAGUUGAAUUUAUUAAGGUUGUUGUGUGGCUGGUGUUGGUGGGCAUGUUGAGAAGAUAACACCUCCAGGCAUCUUGAUUUCCACGAGCAGCGAGCCGCUCUUGAGACCUCGUGUCUCGAGGGUCGCAGUGGGCGCGUGAGCGACGUUAGGAGGGUGCCUGCUACGCUGGUGGUGGCUGCUGCUGAGUGACAUCUGGGAACUGAGCCAUACAGUGAAGGGGAGGGGGAGAGGAGAUAAAAGCUUCUGUUGGAUAGCUGAUGAUCACUUUUCACCAUGGGAGAUGAAAUAAUCCAACAGGACAGGAAAGAUGCUGUAUAUUACAGUAAAGAAAGUUACAUAACGUUUAAAUUUAGCAUAGGAAUAGAUGUGUAGACCGGGCAGAUAUUGCUGCCUAAAUAUAUGCAGGAAUGCUUGUGCAGUGGGAGAGGUGUUAUAAAAAUAUAUAUUAUUGCAGUCCCUGCAGUCAUUUUUAAGUACUGGCCAUCUGUAUUGGUGCUAAUAUUGAUCCAUGGGUUCCAUUUGGGUCUUUUAAAUUUCUUCCUUUCAGGUAAUAGAUAAAUACCAUUGAAUUCACAAAAUAAUUGACGUAGGCUAGUGAUACCAAUCAAACAUUUCAAAACAGAACAGUUUAAUCCUGCUGACUGAGAGUGUAUGUAUCUGU